CCACACUCUUAAUACCAACAAUAUGCAGGAUUCCUUCAGCAGAUCAAAUUUCAUGGUUGCAACUUGCAAGACAAAUACCUUUCACUUUGUCUACGCUCAAGGGACACACGUGGCCUACCUUAAUCUCAUCAAUGUCCACAGCACCAAAGAGGGCCUUUUCUUACAUCAAACCCAGUUCGCUAAUGAAAUCUUGGAACGGGCAGAUUCUUCUUUACUCUUGUGAAUUUAAGCUUCCCACAAUGGCUGCCACUGCGACUCCUAGCCUGCGAAUUGCAGCGGCCAACCUCUGUGUUUCUGCAUCUCGUAAACUUUUCAAGCCCAGCCCCACAAGCUUUGGUUUAAAUAGGGGAAGAUCUGCCGCAGAGCUUAAAAGUUUGUGCUUAAUGUCAGCGACUAAGCUACCAUCUCAACGAUUUCAUAGCAAUCCUUUAAAAACUCAAAGGAUGGUUACUAGGGCAAUGUCCAGUUCAAGUGAUAAAGAGCAUUUGCCUGGGCUGCCUAUUGACCUAAGAGGAAGUUGCCGAAUGUGUGAAACGGGAUUUUGGUACUAUUGACAUUCUUGUGCAUUCCCUUGCUACUACUUGAAGCAUCAAGAUAUGGAUACCUUGCAGCGUUGUCUGCAUUAUUCAUACAUUUCUUUACUGAAGCAUUUUAUUCCCAUGAUAAAUCCAGGCGGUGCUUCUAACGUACAUUGCUUCAGAAAGGAUAAUUCCUGGAUAUGGUGGUGGUGGCUUGAGCUCAGCAAAAGCUGCUUUAGAGAGUGACACCAGAGUUUGAUUACUCUUUGCAGAAUGCUCCCUUGCAAAAGGAGUUGUCCGCAGCAUUUUCAAUGCACUUUAAAAAACUAUUAACUUUUUU